UCUCUCUCUUUCUGUAUCAAGCGAAGGAUGAGACUUGAGAGAGAGCCUUAAAAAGCGCUCCUCUCUUCCUCUCUUCCUCUCUUCCUCUCUUCCUCUAGCACGAAUGGAAGGUUCUUCAUCUUCACUCUUCUCAGAUGGAUCCUACGAAGCAACAGUCUGGCACAGAUCUAAUCCAUCAUCAAUACAUUGACCUUCUGAACAACCCUGAGCUUCAAAAUCUGCUGCUCCAUUGAAGACCAGCAACAUUUUUACGCUUUGGUCGUAUCUGAACCUUCCAUAAUGCCAAAGGAUAGAAGAGGCCGUUCUGUGUCAUCUGAAAGGUCCAGGGUAUCUCCUUUCCCCUGCAGCUCCAGUCGCACUAGAUGUUCUUCAUCGAAAAACCCUUUGGAACCUGUGGAAGAUACAAGAGAAUUGGAAGAAGCAAGGCGGCUAGAAUGCGAAAAAUCUUUAGAGUCUGCAGAAGAUAUUAAAGAAUGGGAAGAAGCUAGGUGUCCUGUCUGUAUGGAACAUCCACACAAUGCAGUACUUCUCUUAUGUUCAUCCCAUGACAAAGGUUGCCGCCCCUAUAUGUGUGAUACAAGCUACCGACACUCAAAUUGCCUUGACCAAUUCCGCAAAGCAUUUGCAGACUCUCCAUCAACUAUAGCACAAGACUCGAGCCCUAACUCGAUAAGUUCGGAUGCAACAACACCCAUGGAUACACAAGAUGUAAUGAAUGAGCAGGCCUCAAACAGCUCCACCCUACCUAGUGCAAAGAACUCCCAAUCAGAACUUGCGUGCCCUCUCUGUCGGGGGAAGAUCAAUGGUUGGCAUGUUGUGGAGGCAGCUCGCCAGUUAAUGAAUGCCAAGGCAAGAAGUUGUGCUUGUGAGACUUGUGAUUUCUGUGGGACAUACUCUGAUCUCAGAAAGCAUGCAAGGCUUCAGCACCCUCUUGUGCGGCCCUCAGAGGCAGACCCGGAACGGGAGCGUGACUGGAGGAAUUUGGAAAGGCAGAGGGACCUUGGAGACGUGCUUAGCACAAUCCAGUCGGCAUUUGUUGAGGAGAGGAGCGAAGAUGAGAUGUUAGCCAUGGACAAUGGGGGACUGCUGACUGUCUUCUUUCUUAUUCGGGUUUUUCGGCCUGGGUCCAGUACUAGUGGCAACUGGUCUGGUGCCUCGAUAGUACGAGGACAGCCAAGAAGUCGAAGGAGAAGGGUGCACUGGGGGGAGAGCAAUGACAUUGAUGCAGGUUCUGCCUCUGUAGAUGAUGAAAGUAAUCCAUUGGAACGUAUCUCACGAGCCUGGCGACGCCGUGUGCGGAGUCAAAGACGUCCUACGCCAGAGAACCAGCCUUGAAAUUGAUCAUAUGUUUGAUCUUUUUGCGUCGCGCUCUGAUUCUUCCGUUGGGCAUUUUAUUGUGUCAAGUUUUAUGAAGAAUCCUCGAGGGCGUAAGAGUUGGUCAUGCGCAGCUUCUAAUUAGUUGGUCUUGUGUAGCAGGUGAAACAAAAGGGCGGUUUUUUUUUUUUUGGGGGGGGGGGUUGGGGGGGGGGGCGCGUGGGGUGGGGUUGGGGAAUGUCGGUUUCCUCACUUAUGCUUUUGGAUCUGUUCUGCCCGGUGCUGAGCAGUUCUUGAAUGUAAAUGGGUGGGGAUUUAUAUAAAUUGGAAAUAUAGAGACGAUAUGAAGAGUUAAUGAAUUUGAAUUCUGCUGUA